UGGUGACGUCACGGGGUGAGAGGUCACGGCGGCGGCGGCGCCGCGUCCCGGCCCGGUCCCGGUUCCGGCCCAGCCCCGGUCCCGGUCCCGGCCCGGUGAUGGCGGCUCGGCGGCUCCGCGGCGCCCUCCAGCUCGGGGCGCGGCAGCGCCUGCGGGCCGCGGCAGCCCCACCCGGCAGGCACACGGCCCUGUGCGGCCUCCGGCUGGGCCGGCCGGUCCCGUUGGCCGGGGAGCCCCGAGCCCAGCCCAGCCGGGGCUUCCUGAACCUCACCAACAAGCGCAAGGAGUACUCGGAGCGCCGCAUCAUCGGGUACUCCAUGCAGGAGAUGUACGACGUGGUGGCCAAUGUGGAGGACUACAAGAACUUCGUGCCCUGGUGUAAGAAGUCCGUGGUGGUGUCGCGGCGCGCAGGCCACGUCAAGGCCCAGCUGGAGGUGGGGUUCCCCCCGGUGCUGGAGCGUUACACAUCCAUUGUCACCCUGGUGCAGCCACACCUCGUCAAGGCCGUCUGCACCGACGGGCGUCUCUUCAACCACCUGGAGACCAACUGGCGCUUCAGCCCCGGCAUCCCCGGCUACCCCCGCACCAGCACCGUGGAUUUCUCGAUCUCCUUCGAGUUCCGCUCCCUGCUGCACUCCCAGCUGGCCACCAUGUUCUUCGACGAGGUGGUCAAGCAGAUGGUGGCCGCCUUCGAGCGCCGCGCCGCCAAGAACUUCGGGCCCGAGACCCGCAUACCCCGGGAGCUCAUGUUCCACGAGGUCCACCAGACGUGAGGGUGGCCGGGCCGGGCACCCCCGGACUGUGCCGGGCCCACCCUGAGCCCACCCCCAAAAAUAUUUAUUCAAGUGCGUUUCCGCUGCUGUUGCCUCAACGCCCUCCGGGGCUGCCGUGA